AAAGUGCGCACUGAAUGAGAGAGAGAGGGAGAGAGAGAUGAUUAUGAUGACGUAUCAGGAUCAUGAUGAUAGGCUAUUGACAUAGGAGCUGUGUUGUCUGAGAAUGGGACCGUGAGAAAAGAAAAAAGAAGGGGUGAGUUACGGAGUCCCGGCAGUUCACAAGACCGCAGAAGCCACAGGGAGGGAGAAUAACGGGGAGAGCAGAAGAGCGAUGGGAGGCGGAGGGAAACAGACGCAGCAGGAAUCGAGCUGUGGGCGAGGAGGCGGCGUUUUCACCUGGGAAGAGGUGCAGCGGCAUUCCCACAAGGGGGACCAGUGGUUGGUAAUCGACAGAAAGGUGUACAACAUCACCGACUGGGUGAAAAGACAUCCAGGCGGCGUCCGGGUCAUCAGCCACUAUGCCGGGGAGGACGCCACGGAUGCUUUUGCUGCAUUCCAUCCAGAGCCUGACUUUGUGCGCAAGUUUCUGAAGCCACUGCUGAUUGGUGAGCUUGCGACCUCUGAGCCCAACCAGGACCGGGACAAAAAUUCUGUGUUGACACAGGCUUUCCGCGAACUGCGCGAGGAGGUAGAGAGGGAGGGCCUCUUCAGGACUCAGCCGCUGUUCUUUUGCCUCCACCUGGGGCAUAUUCUUCUCCUGGAGGCCCUGGCUUACUUGCUGAUUUGGGUGUAUGGAACAGGCUGGCUCCAGACCCUGCUGUGUGCAGUAAUAAUGGCCACCUCACAGGCUCAGGCCGGAUGGCUCCAGCAUGACUUCGGCCACCUUUCCGUCUUCAAAAAGUCCCGCUGGAACCACCUGCUGCACAAGUUUGUCAUCGGACACCUUAAGGGUGCUUCGGCUAACUGGUGGAACCAUCGGCAUUUCCAGCACCAUGCAAAACCCAACAUCUUCAGCAAAGACCCUGAUGUCAACAUGCUCCACACCUUUGUGUUGGGAAAGACCCAGCCAGUGGAGUAUGGAAUAAAGAAGAUCAAGUACAUGCCUUACAACCACCAGCACCAGUACUUCUUCCUCAUUGGACCUCCUAUGCUUAUCCCAGUGUAUUUCCACAUCCAGAUCAUGCAAACCAUGUUCUUUCGACGUGAUUGGGUGGACCUCGUCUGGUCAAUGAGCUACUACUUGCGCUACUUCACCUGCUACACGCCCUUUUAUGGAGCCUUUGGGGCAGUGGCGCUCAUCAGCUUCGUUAGGUUUCUGGAGAGCCACUGGUUUGUGUGGGUGACCCAAAUGAACCACAUUCCCAUGGAAAUUGACCACGAGAAGCACGAGGAUUGGCUGACCAUGCAGCUGAAGGCCACCUGCAACAUUGAGCAGUCACUCUUCAACGACUGGUUCAGCGGACACCUCAACUUCCAGAUCGAACACCAUCUGUUUCCCACAAUGCCCCGGCACAACUACUGCCGCGUGGCGCCUCUGGUGCGCAAGGUGUGUGAGAAGCAUGGCGUCACCUACCAGGAGAAGUCCCUGUGGAGCGGCUUCAGAGACGUGGUCAGCUCUCUACGGGAGUCUGGAGAUCUGUGGCUGGAUGCUUACCUGCACAAGUAGCCUCAAGCCUGCCUCCUGGUGGCCAUGUGUGCACCUCUCUUCUUCUAUGACAAUUUUAAGAUUCAGCUCUAUCCAAUCAUCACCUGCUCCUUCCCGUUUCCUCCAAUCGCAUUGAAGCAUUCAUGUGACAGCUAAAAACAGCUAAAUUAAAUGUGUCGUGUCAGAUGUGCAACACAAGUCGCCCGGUUUGGCCUAUGGCAAAGCUAGACAUUCUAGAAGUGGGUCUUAUAGAGACCACCUUGAUAGAAGCAGUUUACACAUUUUAUACCAGGGCUACCUUAAAACACCCACCGUCUUUUAAAAAUCAUUGUCGAGUAAAAAUGAUCACACUAAUGUUAGCACAUCUGCUAAAUUACGCAAUUCAUAGAAUUGGUCUGCCUAUAUGUGUGAAAACAGCAGCAUAGCUAUGAAAAUUAGCCGUCGAUGAAAACCGCAGAAUUUCAAGAAUACCUUUUUAAAGUUUUACCUGUUCGAAACACUUGGUGAUUUUAAAACACUGCGCUAGUUAUAUGGUCUGCAGACUAGCCAGUCAAUUCUCUUUUCUCAGUUUGCAUCUGUUGUUUUAUGUAAAGCAGCGAAAUCAUACUAUAAUUCCCAUCUGUCACAGAGUUUAAGAGUAAACCAGUGAGGUAAUCUGAGUUAUAUUUGAUCCAGAUUUACAAGCUAGGCAAGCAGAUUGAUUCCAUAGAGUGAGAAACACCCGGCAUCAAAGAAGAUAAAACUGAUUUCUCUGUUCUACAAUUUUACCGCAUGCUCGUAUUAAGGCUGCCUCCUGCUCAAAGCAGCUGGCUCUCAGAUCUGAUAAAAGAGAGUAUCUGUUAAAUAAAUAGCAUUUAACAAUAUCUGCAAAACAUUUUUAAAAAUUGUUUAAGAUUUGUGCUCACAGUAACGGAAUAGACAAUCAAGUUUUUACAGACUAUAAUUGUUUAUAGCCUACCUCUACUCUAUUAAUGCACUUGUCAUUACAACUGAAUUUUGUGUGUGUUUCUGGGCAUUGAUUUUUGAAAUUUUGGAGUGUAACAAGGCUAUUUUCCUGGAUGUUUUUUUUUCCCAACGGUGUGCAUAAUAAAUAACAUUUUGG